UCUUUGAAGGCUUGUAGCACCAGCAGUGCGUCACAGUGAUCGCCGUUGCCCGUGACAGAAAAGGGAAGGUAAAAAGUUAGGAUUUUUUUUACUAAUUUAGCAGCCAUUAGCGCCGUAGAAGAAGAGACUGGACUCGGAAAUACAAGGAAACAGAGAAGAACAAGAAUAGAAAAAUCGGCGAUGGGCGAGGCAGAGAUCCUGUCCUACAGGCGAUGUAGGCUGAGAUUUUUGGUAGGCUUACUAUUAUUGUGCACAACCAGAGAGGUAAGUUCAUCGAUUCAUGAGUACCAUAACGAAGCUUUUAUUCCACACUCCGAUGGCUUCUUCUUCCAUGGCGGCAGUGAAGGCCUCUACUCUUCUAAAGUUCAUGAUUCCUCUUCCACUUCCCCUGACAAGCCCCUCCAAGGAAAAUCCUUCAUCAGGUUUGAAGAUGUCACCUUUGUUAGGACAAAGGAGGCAGCAAGUAAGCAGAACGAAAUGCAGCAGAACACUGGAUUGAUAGAAGCCAUCAUAUUUGAGGUGAAAGACAGGGAAAGAAUUGGAGGGGCUUUCCUAAAAACUAAUGCAAUUUGUUGUCACCCUGCUCUUGCUCAGACUGGGUCAUGUACCCUAGGAGAGGUAAUUAUCCAGAAAGACCAAGAUAACCAAGAAUGGCCGAAACGCAUUCAAACAUCCUUUGCAGGAAAAAAUGAAGAAGUUGUAAUGAAACCUGACACUGUGGAAAUAAAUACUACUGGAAUGUACUACCUUUACUUUAUGUUUUGCAAUCCAGAACUUAAGGGCACCUUAAUCAAGGGAAGGACCGUGUGGAAGAAUCCUAAUGGUUAUUUACCUGGGAAGAUGACUCCUCUCAUGACAUUUUAUGGAAUCAUGUCUUUGGCUUACCUUGCACUAGGACUAAUCUGGUUCUUAAGGUUUGUUCAAUUCUGGAAGGAUGUCAUACAGCUGCACUACCACAUCACAGCAGUCAUUGCACUUGGAAUGUGUGAAAUGGCCGUUUGGUAUUUUGAAUAUGCCAAUUUUAACUCAACUGGAUCAAGGCCAAUGGGUGUUACACUGUGGGCUGUCACCUUUAGGACUGUGAAGAAGACCCUAUCUCGCCUCCUCCUUUUGGUUGUCUCCAUGGGCUAUGGUGUAGUAAGACCAACGCUCGGUGGUAUAACAUCAAGAGUACUUCUUCUUGGUCUGAUAUAUUUUAUUGCCUCAGAGGCACUUGAGCUUGUUGAACACUUAGGAAACAUCAAUGACUUGUCUAAGAAAACAGAGUUAUUUCUAGUGCUUCCUGUUGCUUUCCUAGAUUCUUGCUUUAUUGUCUGGAUCUUCUCAUCUCUAUCAAAAACUUUAGAGAAGCUUCAGAUGAGGAGAAACAUGGCUAAACUAGAUCUUUACCGUAAGUUUACCAAUUCUCUUGCAGUCUCUGUUCUGCUCUCCAUUGCCUGGAUUGGCUUUGAGCUGUACUUCAAUGCAACUGACCCUCUAAGUGAGCUAUGGCAAGUUGCUUGGAUCAUUCCUGCUUUCUGGACUCUGCUUGCAUACUCUUUAUUGGUGGUGAUUUGUGUCCUCUGGGCUCCUUCACGUAACCCAACUAGGUAUGCAUAUUUGGAGGAGACAGGAGAGGACUUCGAUGAGGAAGGUAUCUCAUUAACAAGCACUGUGGAUAUCGCAGCGAAACUAGAAAGGAAAGGUCUGGGAGAAGAUCUUGAGGAGGAUAAGCGAGAGUAGCAGAUAAAUAUCACCCCCAGCAUAUAGGUGAAAUUCUGUUAGUCACAGUUGCAUAUCCAGGAACUUAUUUCAAAAUUCUGGUCUGCAAUUUGUGCUGUAUGUACAAAGCCUUGUGGAUGGAAGGUUGCUGCAUAGAAUAGUUUGAUGUGAACUAAAGAUUACAGCUAAUUAUUAGGCAGUGAAACAAAGAGAAGUGUCCUUUUAUUCUUCUGGUGGAUGGCUUCAAUCCAUUUUUUCUUCAAGGAGAUUCCCUGAAUUUAUCUAUACUUUGAGGUGUAUGCAUAAUUUGCUUGUUUCUUUGGGUGAA